AUGUCCAUCCCAUCGCCGGACGUGUCCACGCCGCCACGUCGCUCGGACCAAUCAGGGGCCGACACCUCAGCCGGCCGCCGCCCUCCACCAACCGGACAGCGCCACCUGUUCAGCCGGCGCUCUCCCACCGCGCGGCCCGGCGGAGCCCAUCGCGGGCCCGCCCAGCCCAUCCGGUCGCCGCCCCGCGCAGGGUCGUCCUCGCCGCCUAUGCUCCCGCACGCCGCCGUCCGGGGCGCCGCGCGCCGGCCGCCGGCCACCGAAAGCUGCCUCCGCCGCCGCCUCGUUCUUCCCCGCCGACAAACACCUUCAAGCUCCGCCGCCAUGUGCCUCGCCGGCCUUCCCCAAGAGCCCGCGGCUCCCCGCCGGAGCGCCUCCCCGCCUGCCUCGCCGGAGCGCGGUGCCGCGCAGCUACCUCGCCGCACCGCCUUGCCUCGCCAGGCUGUAGCUGAUGCCAACAAAGCAAUUGAACUUGAUCCUUCGAUGCAUAAAGCAUACCUUCGGAAGGGCUCUGCUUGCAUCAAGCUGGAGGAAUACCAAACUGCAAAGGCUGCUCUUGAAGUGGGUUCUUCUUAUGCAUCUGGUGACUCGAGGUUUACUCGUCUGAUGAAGGAGUGUGAUGAUCGUAUUGCUGAGGAGGCUAGCCAGGUGCCAGUAAAGAAUGCCGCUGCGGCUGUUGCUUCAGCUACAUCUUCGGGGGCAUCUUCCGGGGCUACAACUGUGGCUACUGAAGCUGAGGACCAGGAUGGUGCAAAUAUGGAGAAUGCACAGCCAACGAUGGAAGUGCCAAGCAAGCCCAAAUACAGGCAUGACUACUACAAUACUCCUACAGAAGUGGUACUGACUAUAUUUGCUAAGGGUGUUCCAGCUGACAGCGUGGUUGUUGACUUUGGUGAACAGAUGCUGAGUGUCUCAAUUGAACUUCCCGGUGAGGAACCAUACCAUUUUCAGCCUCGUCUGUUUUCAAAGAUCGUCCCAGAUAAGUGCAAGUAUACUGUGUUGUCUACAAAGGUUGAAAUGCGCCUUGCAAAAGCUGAGCCAGUAACUUGGACAUCAUUGGAUUAUACUGGUAAACCAAAGGCUCCUCAGAAGAUAAAUGUACCAGCUGAAUCAGCCCAGAGGCCAUCUUAUCCGUCAUCAAAAUCCAAAAAGGACUGGGAUAAGCUUGAAGCUGAAGUGAAAAAACAGGAGAAGGAUGAAAAACUUGAUGGUGAUGCUGCAUUGAACAAAUUUUUCCGUGAAAUUUACAGUGAUGCUGAUGAAGAUAUGCGUAGAGCAAUGAUGAAGUCUUUUGUGGAGUCUAAUGGAACCGUUCUCUCAACCAACUGGAAGGAUGUCGGGAAAAAGACGGUUGAAGGAAGCCCUCCUGAUGGAAUGGAGCUCAAGAAGUGGGAGUAUUAAUGAAUCCAGAUCAUCCAUGUUGUAAAUCCUGGUCGGGUCGUGAGUGUUAACUUGGCUGCAGACUUGCAAAUCAUUGUCGGUCGGAUUAUUGUGUGUUGCUCUUGAUUCUGUUUCCGUAUUUGUAAGCUGUUUGCGUGGCAGGUUAGCUUUUAAGUACUUAUCCUAGUUUUGCGAGCUACAGUUGGUAAUAGAGUAAGCCAUACCUGUGCAUCUGUGGUAUGGAAGUGCAAAACGUCCGUUGUAACUGGUGCCAAAACUAUCAUCUGUGAAACGGUGCUAUUUUUUGUCUGAAAUCUGUGCAUCACACUUAA